UUCCGCUCGGUUCCGAAACCACAACAAACAGGUGUGUUCUGAUAACGGGAGAGUGACAGGUGUGAAAAGUCUAAAACCGUGUAAAAGAAGAAAGAAGAAGAAGAAGAAGAAGACAGGCGUGAGCUCCAGAGUGCAAGAUGUAAACAGUCAUGUCUUCAACACUGAUCUUCCUCAUCAUCUUAGUGUAUUACCUCAUAACAAGAGGCUUUCCCAGACUGUUAUCAUGGCUUAUUGUAGCCAAGUAUCAAACAGAAAUAAAGAUUGGCCGAAUAAAUCUCUGGCGGCUCAGUUUCGAGGAUGUUCUGAUCAAAAAGUCAGGCCUAAGCAUAAAAGUUGACCGUGUUGGUGCUACAAGCAGUCUUUUUAACCAGGAAGAACGGAAAAUAUUUGCUUUGAAGGUUCAUGAUGUGCGAAUUGAGAAAGAGGUGUGUGAGAAGCGUGGGCGAGCUCAAAAUGAAGGAAGUAAUAAUGGCAGUGUGGAGGCUAUGUUCGCUGCAGCCAGCACAACCCCAGAGGUUGAGGCAAAGGCAAUUCAGCUCAGAAUAUCCCCUUCAGUUGUCACUCUUGCCCAGUUUUUUGGUGUCCACAUCAUGAGUGUAAGUGUUGUCUACCUUCGUGGACAAGUGGCCAGAAUGCCUGCUACAUGGUGCAGCUGAGAAGAUUACCAUCGAGGGAGCAACACUGAACCAGUCUAAUAUAGCACUGAAGGUCAGUGUGAGUGGAGCCCACUUGAAGGUCCUGCAGCAUGUGGCUGAUGAGAAGAAGCAGAUGGC